AUGGGCUGCUUUAAAUGUUGCAUAUCGAAGGAAAGAUUAUGCAAAAAGUCACUGAAAAAAAGCAUUAAGGAAUACCAUGAUGCCAGAACUUUAGCCUCAUUUGCUAACAUCUCAUUUAAGACAGAUAGCAGCAGAAAAAGGUACAUUGCGGAAGAAAUCAGGCAAAUUGGGAAGGGAAAUAUAUCUGCUGAUAUUUUCACUUUCCGCGAUCUAACUACGGCAACAAAGAACUUCAACCAUGAAAAUCUGAUAGGCGAGGGUGGUUUCGGGAGGGUGUACAAAGGGAUUAUACAGAAAACAAAACAAGUUGUUGCUGUUAAGCAACUAGACAGAAAUGGAUUUCAGGGAAACAGAGAAUUUCUUGUAGAAGUUUUAAUGCUGAGUCUUCUUCACCACCCUAACCUUGUCAGCUUGGUUGGAUACUGUGCCGAUGGUGACCAGAGGAUUUUAGUGUACGAGUACAUGAUUAAUGGCUCCCUUGAGGAUCACCUUCUUGAGUUGGCACCAGAUAAAAAGCCAUUGGAUUGGAAUACAAGGAUGAAAAUAGCUGAAGGGGCUGCAAGAGGGCUUGAAUACUUGCAUGAAUCAGCAAAUCCUCCAGUAAUAUACCGUGACUUCAAAGCAUCAAACGUAUUAUUAGAUGAGAAUUUCAACCCUAAGCUCUCAGAUUUCGGGCUGGCAAAGCUCGGACCGACCGGGGACAAGACACAUGUAUCCACCAGGGUGAUGGGGACUUAUGGCUAUUGUGCUCCUGAAUAUGCUUUGACAGGACAACUGACAGCGAAAUCCGAUGUCUAUAGCUUUGGAGUUGUGUUUUUGGAGCUAAUCACCGGAAGACGAGUCAUCGACAAUUCAAGACCAACUGAAGAGCAGAAUCUAGUUUCUUGGGCAACGCCAUUAUUUAAAGACAGAAGAAAGUUUACACUAAUGGCAGACCCUUUGCUACAAGGCAACUACCCUUUAAAAGGUCUGUAUCAAGCUCUUGCAGUUGCAGCCAUGUGUCUCCAAGAGGAAGCUUCUACUAGACCAUUAAUGAGUGAUGUUGUAACAGCUCUAGAAUUUUUAGCAGUACAUAAUGAUGCUGCUGAGGAGAGGGCAGUAGAUGAUGAUGAUAUCAAGAAACCUUCUCCUGAUAGUGAUAGUGAUUAA